GUAAUCGUUCUCCCGACCCGGCCGAGCGAACCGCGCCAGCUGAUAUGACAGAGGCUGCGGAGUGCGACUGCCUUUCGUCGCUCCUGUGCUUUCUAGGAGGCGCCACGGCGCUCUGUUACCUGCUCAAGUGGACGUGGCGAUGCGUGCAGGGCUUCAGGGCAUACGUUCUGUCAGAAAUCUGGCAAACGGAUUUGAGGCGUUACGGGCGGUGGGCAGUGGUCACUGGAGCGACGGCGGGGAUCGGCCGAGCUUACGCCAUCGAGCUGGCCAGACGAGGCCUGGACGUUGUUCUCAUCAGUCGUUCGUCGGAGAAGCUCCAUGCCAUUGCGAAAGAGAUAGAGUCACAACAUGGACGGCAGACCCGGAUUAUUCAGGCUGACUUCACAGAGAGCCAGUCCAUCUAUCCAGCUAUCGCAAAGCAACUCAUGGGCUUGGAGAUCGGCAUUCUGGUGAACAAUGUUGGUAUGAAUUAUGCUGGAAUGCUGGUACAUUUUUUGGAUGUUCCUGAUCCAGAGCAGAGAAUCACUGAAGUGAUCAACUGUAACAUUGUGUCUGUCACCCAGAUGAGCAGACUGAUUUUGCCAUGCAUGGUUAAAAGAGGUAAAGGCCUUAUCAUCAACAUAUCAUCAGAAGCAGCAUCUCAGCCUCAGCCCAUGCUCACAGUGUACUCAGCCACGAAGAUAUUUGUGACAUAUUUCUCUCGCUGCCUACACGCAGAAUACCAGGCACGAGGAAUCACUGUACAGUGUGUCACUCCGUUUAUGGUCUCCACUAAUAUGACACAUAACAUAGAGGUGAAUCCUCUGGUGAAGAGUGCAGCAUCGUUUGCCCGAGAUGCUCUCAACACCGUGGGUUACAGCUCUUUCACCAGUGGCUGCCUCUCACAUGCGCUGCAGCACACGGUUCUGUCUAUCUUCUUCCCUGCCUGGUUGCGGCUGUCUCCCUUCUGCAUGCGACACAUGGAGCAGUUCGCUCAGGGCAUGCGGCCGCAGAUAGAAGAAAGAGUGGCACAACAGCACAACAAAGACAACUGAUGACACCUCGUCUCCACCGACGAUCGGUCAUAAACGAAACAUGCGCACGGGCACACACACACACACACACACACACACACACGUGCGCGCAUGCUUACGUGAGCGCACAAACACACACCGAAAUGUCCCAACAUGACUUCGUGACAUGACCAGUUCUACAGUUGACGCAAGUGGAAGGCACGGUUGUACAUACUGUUCGAAAUCUGAUCCGAAUAAACAGAUCUCGCACCUCUCAGCUACUGUGCGUGUGUGUCAGGGGAGAUCACCAGCCGUGCCAAGGAAGGAAGUCACAUUGCCACAAAGUGAAGUAAAAAACUGAAUGAAGGAUUUAACAUGACUGACUUCCUCUCAUUGCUCAGAGUGACAAUUCUAUGGCUUUAUCAGAUUUUAAGGUACAAAACCAGUACACUUAUAUUUUCAGACAGCCUUUCAGUAUGCAGUGAAGCGACCUCAGCCGUUGUGGUUCUAGAUGACCAGGUGUUUCAGCAGUGAUGAUGUGCUUUGCACUUUUUCAAGCUCUGCAAAAUGUGGCAUAUAUAUAUGCUUUCCCACCAUGUGUGUGUAUGAAAAAGGAAAAGCAGAAGAUAUGACUAAGUAAAAUGUAAAAUGGAAUCUUUUUAUUGGGUUCAUAGCUUCUUGCACAAUGUCAGAUGUUCUUUGAACAAUACAACAGGAUGACAACUAUU